AUGGUCGGAUUUUCAUCUGACACCGAUGAAGACUCUACCAUUGAAGAAAUCAUCUCUCAGGCACAAGAUUCAAUCCUCCUUAAACAAAUCUCCGCCAUCAAUUGUUCAUCUUUCACCCAUUCCGAUCUUCCAACAGACCUCGAAUCACGUUUCCAAAAGCUCAAAUCUUUCCCUGCUAAUCACACCACCCCACCACCUUACCAUCCCAAAAAUCCCACUUUUUCAACCCUCAAUCCAGCAAACCCCCAAAAAAGUCUCAAUCUUUCACCUCCCAAAGAUGCUAAAUCCAUAAAGAAUCAAGAUUCCGAUUCUGGGUCGGUCUCUUCUCCCGAGAAAAAGGAAAUUAAAUCAAAACCAAAACCAAAAAAUGGGUCUUUUUCUCCCUCGGAUUCUUCUCAUAUCUCUGAAGAAAGUUCAAUGUCUUCACUGUUCAUGCCAUUGCAAAUGAAGAAAGAUGAAGAGAAACGUGUAAAGGUGAAGAAGUAUGUGUCUCCUAGCCCGUCACCUCCUCGAAAAUGGGGUUGUUUUUGGUGCUCUCCUAAGAAGGAGAAGAAGGUGAAAAGCAAGGAGAGUGAUGAUAUUGUUGGGUCAUUGGAUGAAUAUACAAGUGAUGAGUUCUUGUAUGAUAUUGGAAGCUUGUCGACCAAGAAACGGAUGAAUAUGAUUGAGAAAGCAUUGAAGGAAGAAGAGGAGAAGAUUAACCGUGAGGCUGAGAAGAUUGUUGAAUUGGUUAAACAUGCAUCUGCUAGGAUGAUUGUUUCUUCUGAUAUUGAGGAUGAGUUAAGUGAUUAUUAG